AUGUCGUCCCAGAAGCGCGCACCUGCCAUCGUGCCCCUCUUACGAGUCAAGUCACCAGUUGUUGGAGAGUACGAGUCACUAGUUGUUGGAGAGUACGAGUCACCAGUUGUUGGAGAGUACGAGUCACCAGUUGUUGGAGAGUACGAGUCACGAGUUGUUGGAGAGUACGAGUCACGAGUUGUUGGAGAGUACGAGUCACUAGUUGUUGGAGAGUACGAGUACGAGUCACGAGUUGUUGUUGGAGAGUACGAGUCACUAGUUGUUGGAGAGUACGAGUCACCAGUUGUUGGAGAGUACGAGUCAGUCACCAGUUGUUGGAGUACGAGUCACCAGUUGUUGGAGAGUACGAGUCACCAGUUGUUGGAGAGUACGUUGUUGGAGUCACGAGUUGUUGGAGAGUACGAGUCACCAGUUGUUGGAGAGUACGAGUCACUAGUUGUUGGAGAGUACGAGUCACCAGUUGUUGGAGAGUACGAGUCACGAGUUGUUGGAGAGUACGAGUCACAGUUGUUGGAGUUGUUGGAGAUUGUUGGAGAGUACGAGUCACUAGUUGUUGGAGAGUACGAGUCACCAGUUGUUGGAGAGUACGAGUCACCAGUUGUUGGAGAGUACGAGUCACCAGUUGUUGGAGAGUACGAGUCACUAGUUGUUGGAGAGUACGAGUCACUAGUUGUUGGAGAGUACGAGUCACUAGUUGUUGGAGAGUACGAGUCACCAGUUGUUGGAGAGUACGAGUCACCAGUUGUUGGAGAGUACGAGUCACCAGUUGUUGGAGAGUACGAGUCACCAGUUGUUGGAGAGUACGAGUCACGAGUUGUUGGAGAGUACGAGUCACUAGUUAUUGAGUGUCAUUCAAAAAACGUUAGUGCACUUGUACUUACCGCCACUACAUGA